AUGGCCAAUGGAGGCCUCGGGGCUGUGGAGGUGCAAAAGGACGCCCGGCCCAUUUGGUACUGCGGCUUCGUGAAAGACGUGGGGCCCAAAGAUGAGUUGCUCAUUGGCUUCGAGGAUGACAUCUGGCCUCCAACGCGCUAUCCCGCGGCAGAAGUCAGGAGGUCUCCCAGAUAUAGCCCUUCAGACAUCGAGAAAUUCUCGCCCAAGGUUGGCGAGGAGGUGGAAGUGCGCUUGGAAGCGACGCCUCAUGCGCCUGUGUGCUGGGCCAUUGGCACUGUGGGCAAGAUCAAACACGACUUCUUCGUGGUCUCCAUACACCCCUCUGCCGUACAGAAGGGCAACGACCAGAUCGUUGAGAAGGAGAAGCUUCGGCCUGCGGCGGUGAGGUCAGGUCUGACACCUGAGGCCCUGAACCAGGAAAACUUUCAGCUCCCAGCUGGUCUUCAAAGUUGGAUGAACACCGAGGAUGGCAUAGGCUGCUUCAGUCACAUCCAGGACCAGUCGGGCUUGGUGACCAUCUUGGUACAGUGCGUGGAGCUCUUUGAAUUGCUGAACUCUCCAACCAUGCGAUGGGAUGUCAGACCUUUGGCUGUGACGCUCACGGCUGUAGUUAGCUUCACGGCUGGGAGUCACGGCUGGAGUCAAUCGAGCUGCUCGACGACUCAGCGUGUGAGCCUUGGGAAGGUUUCGGACUUUGAAGAGGCCGGCAUGAAGGAGGUGAAGUUGGAUGGCGGCUCGGCCCUCUUGGUUCACCGUCACCAGGGCCAGUUCUACGUCACCUCACCGGCCUGUUCCCACUACGGCGCGCCGCUGCGCAAAGGCGUCAGCUCCGCGGGCGGCCGAGGCAACGCCGCACCCACGGUGACGUGCCCACUGCAUGACGCAUGCUUCGACCUGAGAACAGGACAGGUGGUGCGAGGUCCCAGUGUGGACGGCAUCGCAGUGUACAGAUCGGAGGUAAAGGAUGACGAAGUCUUCGCGCUUGUGCCGUCGGAGAUAGCAACAGGUGGCAAGCACCAGAAGGUUUUGAAAGCCAUGGGCAAACGCCGCUCCAACGACGCUCGCUGCUUCGUGCUGCUGGGCGGCGGCUGUGCCUCGCUGGCAGCCGCUGAGACCCUGCGCCAGGAGGGCUUCGCCGGGCGGAUCGUGAUGGUGACGAAAGAGAACCAUCUGCCGUACGACCGUGUGCAAUUGUCGAAGGCGUUGGACAAACCUGUGGAAAAGUUGCUGCUGAGACCUGAAUCCUUCUACAAAGACUACGACAUCGAAGUCCUGAAGGGCGCAACGGUGACCAAACUCAACACGAAAGAUCAGAUCAUCAGCUACACCUCACAGGUGUGGCCAUAG